AGAGGAGGAGGAGGCCUAGGAGGCAGCCAUGGGUGGGAGUGACGCCGGGAAAACGAAACCUCCUUCGCCCUCCAAUAAGAAGAGAGCGAGCGAGGCGCCCUGGAAAGCGAAACUUUCCCGGCAUCUGCUUUGAGGGAAGGAGGAGGAAGGGUCCAAUUUGGUGCCAGGAAGGGAUCAUCUUUUCGGAGCCAGGCUGUAAAAAAAGAUUCACCCUGGGGCGCAAAUCACGAAAAAAGGGCUUUAAAUGCCCUAAAUGUGGCAUCUCUCAAAAUGCAUCAAACAACUUUUGCAGUAACUGUGGGGAGAGGCUGGUUCUUGUUACCAGCACACAAAUUGCAGAAAAGAAGGAUGCAAAUAUGACAUCAGAUGUGAGGAUGGAGCCAGGGGGAGAGUUGAAGGCGGAAAGCUCUCUUUCCUUGGGAUCAUCUGUUGAUGAAUAUACACUUACUGAACAAGCACAGAGGGAGCCAGAACAGUCUCUGCCGAAGAGCCUUGAGAGUCAGGCCUUGUGUUCACAGAAAAAAGUAGUAAAAGUUGUGAAUAGUGAGUUUGAUGAGCCUGCUAACUCUCCUUCCAGAAAGAGAAGAAGGGAGAAACCAGACCUAUAUGAGAGCAGCACCCCAUGCUCAAGCCUGCAGCAGAAAAAGAUGAAAAAGAAGAAGAAGAAACAUUCAGACUUGGAAAUUCAGGACAGCUUGGCAGCAGACUUAAGUUCAGCAUCAUCCAGCCUUGAUUAUUCUCUAAGCACAGAAAAUAUUUCACCUGAAGGAAGUCAGAUCCUAACUGAUAAAUUGACCAAAGCAAGUGCUGAGUCUGUUGGUGAUGAUAGAGGUCUGGUGGAUAGGAAUCCCAUAGUCACAGACCACAGUUCAAAAAGUGUUACAGAAACUCAUGGUGAUAUCCAGGCUAAAGUGGCACAAAAUGGUAAAAAUGGUCUAGACGAUCAACAUGCUAGUGUUAUUGUCACAGUGGAAAAGAUGGAGGAGGAAAACUCAAAAAAAGAUGAAGCUACAAGUUCUAGCAAAGAACGAAGUGAUAUAAAUUCUAUAGUAAUUGAUCAGUCUUUGGAAAAUACAUUAAAUACGCAGACUUUGGUUACAGAUGGAGUACCUAUUUCUGAAGAAGCUGGGCAGAACAUAUCUUUAGUUCUUCACUUUAAUAUUGAAUCUUCUGGAAUUAAAAAUGCAAACUUGAACUCAGAAGAGCAAAAUCUGGGAGCUAAGGAAUCUGAAUCUGAAAUGGGACAGAGCUGUAAAACCAAUAUUGAACAGAUGGCCAAGCAAGAGGACAGUGUUCCAGUUCCAAAAAAAGUGAAGAUGGAGUCUAAAGCAGGAAGAGUCUGUGAAAAAGAAGAAAAAUCAAUUCCCACAGAAGGAUCUGAGACGGGAAAGACUCCUCUUACAAAUCAGAAGAAGCAGCAAACAAAACAGAAAGCAAAGAAGCAAAAGGAAAAUGACAAAGUCAUUGAAGUUAAGCAAAGCCAUGUCUAUCUUGAUGGGAUUACGGUAUAUUUUCAUGCCAUACUAUCUAAGGACUUCAAAUUAGAUCCUGGGAAGCACAAGAUCUUCAUCCGUGCACAAGGAGUUCCUGAUUUUCAGAACUGGAAUGAAAAUAUCUGUGAGCUGCAUUGCACAAAGGACCUUGGUGAGCAUGGUCACCUUAUUGAAGGCUGUGCUACCAUUCAUAAGGACAGCAUAAACAGAUACAUUCCUUAUAAAUACUAUAUUGCACGUGAAAAGGGUGGAGAGUAUGAAUUCAUUUACAAACCUUGUUCAGAAGGAACACAUGUGAAUCGGUGUUUGCAUAUAUCUUCAGAUUAUCUAUGUGGUACAGAUUGGCAUCAGUAUGAUGACAUUGUAUGUGUGAAACCCCCUGAGUCUAUGAUGCACCGCUUCACAAACUGGUGGAAGAAUCCAAAAAAUAAUAUUUUGAAAGGAAAAGAACUAGCAGCGAAAGAAAUGCUGAAUAACCUCUUCAGUAUGCUAAAUACAUGGACUCCUGUCAAUGUCAAGAACUUUCUCAAGCAGUCUAAUCAGUUUUACUUUGUGAAUAAGAAGCCACUUGUACAUGAGACAAAACCAAAGAUAUGGGAAGAGCUACAGUUUGGAGAAAAGCAGAUGAAGGAAUUAAUAUUGAAUUAUUUGAGAGAAGUAGCCCACUCUCUUCUGAACCAGAACAGUUCAGAUGGUUCACCUCAGAACAUUACAGUGCAAAAUAAACUGGGCCUAGCAUUGAUAAUCCUUCUAUUAGGAGAUAUCUACUCUCUUCCAACAUCGAAAGAUGACUUGACACGUUUAUGCUGUCUUCUUUGUUUGGAGAAGCCACCAGCAGAUGUAGUGAAUGAAAUGAAUUCUCUCAAAGAGGUGUUUUCAGAGGUUCCUUGGAUGGGAAAAUAUUUGAUGAUAUUCUGCAAUAGUUGUAUUGUGGAGGACAUUCACCAGUGGGUGUGGAUAAUCCCAAUUUUUCAUCUCUUUACUUCUUCUGUUGAUUUUGGAUGUGCUCAUAUAAAAAUUCAGCCUGAAUCUGAAGAGCGAUGGGCAAGAUUGGAAGGCCUUCCAUUCAUAGAAUGUAGAGAUAGGCAGGAGAAUAAGGCGAUCUUAUUAUCACUAAUGAAAACAAAGAAAUACUUGGUGAAAGGAAACAGAGCACUGUUCAGAUCGUGGUUCUCUUUGUUGCCUCUGAGGGACUUGGUAGAAUUUAUGUCUGACUUUUCUUCGUGUAUGCUGGACUGUCUUACAGGAACCUUUCUUAGACUAAAAGAUGUGAUGAUAACAUGUCAUAAUUAUGAGGAGGUAGAAAAACUACUUGAGACAGUGCUUCACAUCUGUCAUAAACAAAAUAGCCCACAGCCGGAGGACACUUCGAACAUUCCUGCAAAUAUCUGCUUAAGCCUGCACCAUAUGAUAUGUGACAAAGUCCAAAUGGUAACACAAUACAAGAUGGCAGUUACAUCAGCUAAAAUUGUUUCAAAUCUUCUUAGAUUUGCAUCUGUGGAGGUUUCAAGAGAAAAACAAACACAUAAUAUCCCAAUGACAGAAACAUUUCAAAGGCUUUGUGAAGAGACCAGAAACUGGUUUCGGAAAGUUCUGUCAAGACAUUUGCUGAAAACUGAUUUGCCUACUGUUCAGUUUCCUUUUCCUUGCGAACUUGAGGCAUGGGAUCAUUUUUUGCAAGUAAGCUUUUAUGAUAUAAAUUUAACAAAGGAAUGGAAGAAAACACUAAUUGCACAAAUGGAAAGCAGGAUCAAACAGGCGUCUUCCAUCCAGCGCAUUCAAGUCUAUUGCUGUUACCAUGAGCACCUCGAACAACUUGACCCUAUGAUUAGCAAAGCUUUUGAGGACUGUGCUAUAGAGGCUAUUAAUUCAGCAUGUCAGAAACAUUGUAAUCUCCUUAGCCUGAUAUCUGCUUAUGACCUAAACAAGCUUGGCAAACUUAUAUCUGCUGUCAUCACAAAAUCAUGGCCAACUGAUAAGAUGGGAAAGACUCUCAGAGAUGUGGAAGAUGUGCUAAAUCAUCUGCUUGUCUGGCCAGACAUCAAACAUAUUUUCACAUUUAAUGGUGCAGAUGGCAACAUUUUGGAGAAACUUACUGAUGAAGCUCAGGAGCUAAUGGCUGUUGCUGACUCUGUAUAUAUGGAAGUUUUAUUGAACCUUGAAAAAGGCCAAAUUCUUGUCAGACAUUUGGAACUAGUUGCAAAGUACAAGAAACAGUUUCUGUCCAUUUGUGAAUUGAAAUCCAGGAAUCUUCCAUCUGGGGAAAUACCAGAUCAUAAACUGGAGCUAGGAGAAAUGCUUGAUUUGAGGUUUCAAGAAUUACUUACUAUCAAAAAAGAGAAAAAACACUUGGGAUCCCUCCUGGACAUGUGCAGGAAGGUGCAAGAUUCUGUAAAAGUGAAUAUCGCUGAAAUGGAGGAGAAGCACAGUGAAAAUCUGGCCUCAAAAGCUUUGAAUGAUAUUGUGAAUGUGAGGCAUUCAAAUUCUAAUAAUAUUGAUAAAAUAGAGACCUAUUACCAUCUAAGUCCAGCCCUGAAGAGCAUAUCUGGAAUUGUGGACCAUUAUAAAGACAGCCAUGUCUUCCAGUAUUGCUGGGAGUGGGCAGCCAAACAGCUGGUAAAUGCAUCUGAGGAUUUGAUCGAUGAAGAGCAGAUUGAUGAGGAGAAGACUGAUGAAGAGGAAAUUGACACAUUGGAUCUGGAUGAAGUGCCUCGCUGCUUGUUUGACCCUUGUUACAGUGAAUUCCGUAGGCUUUAUAAUAGCCUAAAAUCUGGGGAGCUCAUGUUUGCUGAAGUGGAUGCUCUCUUUAAAGACUUUACUAACCAUUAUGAGGAACUGAAAAAGGAUUUUCAGAUUAUGUGUGAUCUCCAGUCUCAAGAUAGAGGAGAAUGGGUCUAUGAAAGGAUUCAGCAGAUCCAACAGUACCAUGAAUUGCAUUUGGCUGUCGACUCGGCUAAGGUUAUUGACAAGAUCAGAGAAGGUUUGAACCUGUCUGGUAACUUCCAAAUUCUGCAACGUUUACUGUACAUUACUGAUGAAAUUCAGGCCUUUGCAAAAGAAAAGCUCUCCUCCAUGAGUCCUGCAUUGGUGCAUGCUAAAAAACUACUGCAAGGAAUCACUGAACCCCGUCGUAGAUGCCUUGAGGAGCUUGCACUUCGGAGGGAUUUUGUCAACUGGGUCAAAGAGGCUUUGGAAGAUAUAAAUGAGCUGAAAGUGUUUGUGGAUCUGGCUUCUAUCUCUGCGGGUGAGAAUGACAUGGAUGUGGAUCGUGUGGCUUGUUUCCAUGAUGCUGUGCUUGGUUAUUCUUCCCUGUUAUAUGAGUUGAAGCAAGAAGCAGGGUUUGAGGAAUUCAUGGUGUGCUUGGACAAACUGUGGAAAGCCCUGGAAAGUGAUCAUAGUCUCCCCAAAAAACUGUGUGAUUCUGCAAGGCAUUUGGAAUGGAUGAAAACCAUAAAAGAGAGCCAUGGUUCUGUGGAACUAUCAUCUAUAUCAUUGGCAACUACAAUCAAUAGGAAAGGAAUCUAUAAAAUUAGAGCCCCAGCUGAAGGCCAGAUGGUUUCUCUGGACACUGUCUUAUGCCUGACCAUCCUAGAAAACUAUGAACAUCCAGAAGAAGUACGACAAUAUUCUCUGGAAGAGCUCAGAGAAUUAAUGAAUAAACUGAUGUUAAUGUCAGGAAAGGUAGAACAAAGUGCAGAAGUGGACAAGUUUUCUGAGGUAUUUUCUAGUGUCCAGAGACUUGCCUUGUCCUUCAUAAACCUUUAUUGUGCUGGAAACAUGCUCUUCCAAUCUUGGAUUGCUCAAGUGUAUUGUUCGCCCGAGAAUGAAUUUUGUAUUAUCGUGGACUUCAGCUUGAAUGCUAGCUGUAGCCUUUUUGGAAAUGGAGAAGUGACAGAAAUUCUGCCAACCAUAUGCCGGAAGAUGGAGAGUUUCCUGGGGAGAUGGAAUCACUUCAUGUCUGAGAAGAGAUCCCAGUAUUUUUAUCUGAAUUACUACACAGCUGAGCAACUUGUAUACUUGUGCAGGGAACUUGGCUCCAAGUGCCCCAGUGAGGCAGCCCUAAUGAUGCUAUCAUUUAUAAAGCACAACUGUAGUAAACAAGAAGUCCAGGAAAUCUCCAGAUUAGUGAAAUCCAAGAAGCCAAAGAGCAGUUUUACUGAUCUCUCUGGGAUGGUAGCAAGUGAGAGAGAGUUGGCAGCACAACUGGAGCAUAUCUGGGACUCCUACAUGGAAAGCAUGGGCUCUUUUCUUCCAGAUUGCUUGGAAAUUGAAACCCUUGGUGCUUACCUUGACAAGCUGGCAGGACUGAAGAAGAGGAAUGUUGUGCGUAUAUUGCCACAAAGUCUUCAUGCUGGCAAACCCAACCUCAUUCUUUGUCCUCGUUCUGAAGUGCUGGCUUCAGCUCUGGCCAUCUACAUGAACAGUCCAAAGGAGAUGCUCCCCUCUUACGAUGAGGUCUUGCUGUGUACAACGCACACAAGCUAUGAAGAAGUGGCACUGUUUCUGAGGCGGUGCCUCACCCCAGGCUGCAAGGAGAGGAAAAUUUACACCUUACUAUUUGCUGAUGAGUUGAGCUAUGACGUUGGCUAUAGGUUUGAAGAACUGUUCCAGAGCCUUCACUUGAAGCAUCAGGAUGACUACCACCUAGUGAUCAUCUGCAGUUGUGAGAGAGAGCAUUGCUAUGUCCCAUCUGUCUUCAGUCAAUACAAAGUUCUCAUGAUCCCUCAACAGCCUCUGAAGGAUAUCCAGAGUUACCUUGAGAAUCAUUACAAAGCCAGAGAGUCUGCAAGUUCAUUAGCUUCUGUUUUCAAGGACCAGUUGUGUGUUGGGAUUGUAUCUUCCCAACGAGCUGGAGUGGGAAAAUCUCUCUUUGUAAAGAGGCUGCAUGAGAAAAUGGAAGCAAAAUUGCUCAACAGAAGAGUGCCUUUGAAAACAAUUAGACUUAUAGAUCCAUAUGUGGAUGAAAGUAAAGUACUAAAAUCUCUUCUUCCAUUCCUGGACUACCAGCAUCAGAAACAGCCCAUGAUAUUUCAUUUUGAUAUCACUUCUUCAGUUCAGAGUGGAAUUCCAGAAUUCUUGUUCAAACUGUUAGUUUUACAGUACCUGACAGAUACAGAUGGGAAACUCUGGCUGAGGAAACAGUGCCACCUAUAUAUCAUUGAAAUUCUUGAAGUUUCUCCAUCAUCAUCAAAAAAGCAAACAAGAUCUAUUUUUUCAGGAUUCAAAUACAACUUUCUUGACGUGUUUCCAAAAAUAACCUGCAGAUCACCCAAGGAAGUACUACAAAUAGACACUGAGAGUAACUCAUAUCAUGGCUCCACGGAUCCAGGAAUAGAUUAUGCAGUGUUUUGCAGUGAAGGUUUUCAGAGACCAUUUCAGUACUUAAGAAGAGUCAACAAAGGAGAUGAUCUUGACAGAUUCCAGUAUACAGAAGGUUCAGUUGAAGGGACUCCUGUUGAAUGCCUACAGCUCUUUCUGAUACACUGUGGAGUGGUAGAUCCUUCAUGGUCAGAACUAAGGAACUUUGCAUGGUUUUUGAACCUUCAGCUCAGAAAUUGUGAAACUUCAGUAUUUUGUAAUGCUGAUUUUGUCCAGGACACUUUGCAGGGCUUCAGAGGUUUUGUGGUCAACUUUAUGAUUUUAAUGGCAAGGGAUUUUGCAACACCUUCACUCAGCAUUUCUGAUGAGAGUCCUGGCAGGCAGUUUUCUGAUAUGGAAGGAGCCACAGAAGAAGAUCUGGCUCCGUUUCGUAUUCGCAAAAAGUGGGAAUCUGAACCUCACCCAUACAUAUUUUUCAAUGAAGACGGUAUAUCCAUGACGUUCAUUGGCUUUCACCUCCAGCCCAAUCCCAAUGGUGGCAUUGAUGCGAUCAGUCCUUUGAAUAGAAAUGUCAUCAAGAGAAAUGUGAUGAGUACUGAGCUGUACCAGGGACUAAUUCUUCAGAAAGUUCCAUUCAACAUUGAUUUUGAUGCAUUGCCCAGACAGGAGAAAAUUGAGAAACUUUGCAUGGUUUUAGGAAUCGAAUGGCCUAUAGAUCCUGAUGAAACAUAUGAACUCACAACAGACAAUAUACUAAAAAUCCUUGCAAUUGAAAUGCGAUUCAGGUGUGGGAUCCCUGUUGUUCUCAUGGGAGAAACUGGCUGUGGAAAAACCAGGCUUAUAAAAUUCCUGUGUGAACUGCGCAAAUGUGGUGCCACUGCCGAUAACAUGAAGCUGGUCAAAGUCCAUGGAGGCACCACAGCAGAGGCAAUCUAUGCAAAGGUCAAGGAUGCAGAAGCUCUUGCUGUUGACAAUAAGCAACAAUAUCAGUUUGACACAAUCUUGUUUUUUGAUGAAGCCAACACUACGGAAGCUGUCAGCAGCAUUAAAGAAGUGCUGUGUGAUCGCACAGUCCAAGGAGAGCCUUUGGUUCACAACUCAGGCUUGCAGGUCAUAGCUGCAUGCAAUCCUUAUCGCAGGCAUACUGACAAAAUGAUUCAGCGCUUGGAAUCAGCAGGUUUAGGAUACCGUGUCAAAGCAGAGGAGACAAAAGAGAAGCUUGGCUCUAUUCCUCUUAGGCAGCUUGUAUAUCGUGUCCAUGCGCUUCCCCCUAGCAUGAUGCCCUUAGUGUGGGAUUUUGGGCAAUUGAACAACUGCACUGAAAAACUGUAUAUACAGCAGAUUGUACAGAGACUUACCAGGUCAAUACAAAUGUCUGGCAUGGAGAUCCAGAUAAUAGCAGAUGUGCUUUUUGUUUCUCAAACCUAUAUGAGGAAAAGGACUGAUGAAUGCAGUUUUAUCAGCCUCAGAGAUGUAGAACGCUGUGUGGAAGUCUUUAAGUGGUUCCAUGGUCACAGCAAACUACUGAUGAGGCAUCUGGAGAAACAUCUGGCAGAGAAGAAAGCCAUAAAUUUUUUCAUCCCAAGAGACAAAGUCAUCUGGUCCUUGGUUCUUUCUGUUGGUGUUUGCUACCACGCUUCCCUAGAAAGGAAAGAGGAAUACCGAAAAGUCAUCAGCAGAAUGCUCCCAGAGCCAUACAACAAUGAGAAGGGAAUACUUGAAGAAAUUGUCUUAGUUCAGGAUCUUUUUCUAAGUGGUGCACCUCUGAGGGAAACAAUAGCCAGAAACCUGGCCUUGAAAGAAAAUGUCUUCAUGAUGGUUAUCUGCAUUGAACUUAAAAUCCCAUUAUUUCUUAUAGGAAAGCCUGGGAGCUCAAAAUCUCUUGCCAAGACCAUCGUAGCUGAUGCCAUGCAAGGCCAAGCAGCGUAUUCUGAACUUUAUAAGGAGCUGAAGCAAAUCCAUUUGGUGUCUUUUCAGUGCAGCCCACACUCUACACCUGAGGGAAUCAUAAAUACUUUCAAGCACUGUGCUCGCUUCCAAGAAGGGAAGAACCUGAAGGAGUAUGUCUCUGUGGUAGUGCUAGAUGAAAUCGGUUUGGCUGAAGACUCUCCCAAAAUGCCUCUGAAAACUCUCCAUCCACUCCUGGAAGAUGGAUGUGUUGAUGAUGAACCACUCCCUCAUAAAAAAGUGGGCUUCAUUGGGAUAUCUAACUGGGCUCUGGAUCCAGCCAAGAUGAAUCGGGGCAUCUUUGUUUCCCGUGGAGAACCCAACAAGAAGGAACUUAUAGAAAGUGCAAAGGGUAUUUGUUCUUCAGAGCGUGUUAUCCUGCAGAAAAUUGAACGCCUCUUCCCCAUCUUUGCAAAUGCAUAUGAAGAGAUUUGUAAGGUGCAAAGUAAGGAGUUUUUUGGGUUGCGUGACUAUUACAGCCUCAUAAAGAUGGCAUUUGCUUUAACUAAAAAAUCUAACAGGUCACCAGCUCCUCGUGACAUAGCAGAGGUGGUUCUCCGUAAUUUCAGUGGGAAAGAAGAUGUUGAGGCCUUGAACAUUUUUAUAUCUAAGAUCCCAGAGAAGGGAGACAUCAUCUCUGAGGACAUUAGUACAAUUGAUCUAGUCAAGCAGAACAUUUACAGUGACUAUCAGGAUGGUGAGUGCCGAUACCUGCUUGUGUUGACAGAAAAUUACGCAGCGCUUCAGAUCCUCCAGCAGGCUUUUUUUAAAGAUACCCAGCAGCCAGAGAUUAUUUUUGGUUCCAGCUUUCCCAAAGACCAGGAAUAUACCCAGAUCUGCAGAAAUAUCAACCGAGUGAAGGUCUGUAUGGAGACUGGGCAGAUGGUUAUCCUUCUCAACCUCCAGAAUCUCUAUGAAAGCCUCUAUGAUGCCCUCAACCAGUAUUAUGUUCAACUUGCUGGUCAGAAAUAUGUGGACCUGGGUUUAGGGACCCACCGUGUGAAGUGCCGAGUUCAUCCUAAGUUCCGUUUGGUUGUCAUAGAGGAGAAAGAGGUGGUGUACAAACAAUUUCCCAUUCCCUUGAUCAAUAGGCUUGAAAAACAUUACUUGGAUAUCAACACUGUCUUGGACAAGUGGCAAAGGGAUAUUGUGGAAGAACUGAAGAAAUGGGUCAGUGACUUCACAGCAGUUGAAACACAAAAAUAUUUGAUGGGGCAGCAGAAAUAUACUCCUUCUGAUGUCUUUGUUGGUUACCAUUCUGACACCUGUGCCUCAGUGGUCCUGCAGGUGACGGAAAAGCUGAAAAUGGAUUUUUCUUCUCAGGAACGAAAGGGAAAAGUAGAAGAACAGGCCAAGUUGGUACUGCUGAACUGUGCCACACCAGACUCAGUUGUCCGUCUUGGUCAUUCACGGCUGGGUUCCUUUCUGGCCGAUGAGUUGGCAAGGGUGUACUUUCAGCAACAGCAGCACACUUCCCUUGCAGAUUUCCUCACUGCUUGCCUUGGUGCAGAAGCCAGGGAUCACACCGUUUUUACUGAGAUUACUACUUUCUCCAGACUCUUGACAGCAACAGACACAGAGAUUUUGAAGGCAGAAGUACAGGGCAAUAUCAACAACCUCAAAGUUAUGUUCUUGCAUCAGUUUGACACAGAGCAUUCCUUUCUGAAAGAAAUCUGGAGUUUUCUUGAUGCCACACAUGGAUGUAAAAUCCUGAUCAUUCAGACAGACUUUGAAAAUGGAUCUCUCAGUGCCCAGCUUGUUGCAUCAGCCAAGUAUUCAGCUGUUAAUGAAAUCAACAAAAUAGAUCCGAGUGACGCCUCAGUGUUUGUUUUCUUCAUCACUAAAUUGUCACGAGUUGAAGGAGGAAGUACCUAUGUGGGAUUUCAUGGAGGAUUGUGGCAGUCUGUGCAUAUCGAUGAUUUAAGGAGAUCCCAGGAUAUGGUCUCUGAUGUAACCACUUUGAGAAAUGUCACCAUUAGCCAGCUGUUUUGUGGAGAGGAGAAGGAGUCUGCAGGGAGUCAUGAAUCAAUGAUGGUGAAGGCAGUGGGAGAAAAGGAAGAGGAGAUGGAAGUGGAGGAGUCUUCAGCAGCAAGACUAGAAACUUUGACUACUGAAACCUUGGACACCACUGUCCUUCUAAGAAGCUGUGUGCAGAGUGCUGUGGGAAUGCUAAGGGACCAAAACGAGAGUGUCAGUCGUAGCACUAAGAGAAUUGAAAUUCUCCUCAGUCUCCUGUCUGAAGAAGAUGCCUUGAAAGCCUCCUUCCUGAAGAUAACGAAGAGUCGGCUCUUCAGCCUUUUGAGAAAGCAAGAGGAAAAUUCUUACACCAUGAAAGAGUGGGUACUCCGAGAGGCAUCAAAUCUCAAUGCCCUUCAGGAAGCAGGAACUUUCAGACACACCUUGUGGAAACGGGUUCAAAGUGUGGUGACUCCUUUUUUGGCUUACAUGCUGUCUGUCAUAGACAGAGAUAGUAACUUGGACCUACUGGUCAGACCAAUAACAGAAAGUUGUGUGAAAGCCUUAUGGAUGUUCAUCUUCAAUGAUCUGAAACUUCUGAACAUCCCUUAUAUCAUGGGUCAGAGCAGUUCCCAAACUGAGACAAUUCUGGUGCCAAAUUAUUUUGCAACGUCUGUGGAUGCUGGCAGUGAAAUGCCUUUCAGUUGGAGAAUAAAAGAUUAUCUGGAAGAUCUUUGGGUUCAAGCACAAUAUAUUACAAGCAAUGAAGGCCAUGCAGAGAAGUUUGUGGGCAUUUUUCAGCAGACACCACUGGGGAAAUACAUUGCCAGCUUCUCUGAGGAAGAGAGAGAGAAUCUUUUCUACUCUUAUGUCAGAGACUUCCUCCUCCUAACAAUGGGUGUACCCUCUCAGAGCAAGUUAAUUUUGCUGCAAAUGGCCCUCUUAUCCUGCAUAGAGGAAAUGAAGGUAGCCUCUUCCAGUGCAGAAGAGCGAGUGCUGCCUCUCCCAUGGAUCCACCUUGGUUAUCAUCACUUUAGGAAUCGACUGCAAAACUUUUCCAGGAUUCUUGCUGUGUACCCUGUUGUGUGUGAUGUUCUUAAUAAACAUGCUGAGCAAAGAGGCAACGUUCCACAUGAAAAAAAUGGUAGGAGCAAUACUGUACUAGAUGUGCUUGCUGCAGUGGCCUGCACUGAAAUGUUGGAAAAAGAAAUGUUGCAGUGUAGACCUCAAACUUGGCUGCAACAGGUGAAGAACCUUCAAAUGCCAGUUGAACUUGUUUGUACAGGAAACUAUGUGCAAAGCGGUAGAAGCCAAUGCGACCAAUUGCUUCAGGAAGUCAAGAUCCGAUGGAGUCGGGUUUUUUCCAUGUCCCUCUUUGUGGAACAUGUACUUCUUGGAGCUGAAACAUUGAUUCCAGAGAUGAAAGAUUUGGUAAAGAGAUACACCUUUCAGAUUGGAAAAUGUUUUCAGUGGGAUUCUGAUAUCAAAACUCAUAACACGUUUACAGCAGUGAUGAAAGUGAUGUGUCAGUGCAAGGAGGAAACCAGUUCAACAUUUUGCCGGUAUGGUUUGAGGCCUUGUCCAAUUUGUUUGGGAGAUCCCAGAGAACCAGUCAACCUUCCUUGUGACCAUGUGUAUUGUCACAGUUGCCUCAAACAAUGGCUGACGCCAGGACAGAUGGUCUGUCCUGUCUGCCUGGUCAACCUACCAGAUGACUUUACUCCCACAGUAUCCAAGGAACUCAGCAUUGCCAUAGAAAAAAAUGCCCAUUUCCGUAAGUUCUGCAAUAGUUUUUUCAUAGACCUGGUUUCUACAAUGUGUUUCAAAGACAAUGAACCCCCGGAAAAAGCUGUAGUUGAGUUGCUGCUGAACCUGCUGUUUGUUCACAAGGAAGCUUUGAGAGGUUUUGGGGAUUCCAGUGUACAUACAAAAUCUCUGUCUCCUUUUGACGAUGUGGUGGAUAAAACUCCUGUAAUCCGUUCUGUUGUGCUGAAGUUGCUUCUGAAAUACAGCUUUGAUAAUGUGAAAAACUAUGUACAGAAAUACUUAUCUCAAGUUGAAGCAAGUUGUAUCCUAGAUAAAGAAGAUAAAAGAGAACUAUACACGUUGUUUGUCAACUGCUUUGAGGAUUCGAUGUAUGAAAAAUCAGGAGCCUUCUCUGAGGAUAUCAAGAUAAACCAUCUGAGGGAAGAUGGAUGCUUCUUGGCAAACUAUUUACAGUGGAACAAGAGCAACCAACCAGCCUCAAAAGAAUACUCCAUUAACUACUUGCAGGGAGUGGCCCACAUCCGGCUCUGCAUGGAUAGGGCAGCAGAAUUGAUCUUUGAGCAGCAUUCGACCCCAGCUGGUAUUAAAGAAACUGAUAAGCAACUCUACCUUCAAAGAGUGAUGCAAUUCUGUUGUCAGAUUCAGAAUGACUGGUAUAGAGUUUACCUUGUCCGCAAACUUACAAGCCAGUAUGGAUUGGAGUUCACGCAAAAGCUUUCAUACGAACAUCAAUUUCAAUGGAUGUUUCCAACAGAAAUAGUUCGGCAGCAACAGAAACAUCAGCAUGGUCAGAUUGAUCGGUUCUUAGUAUGUGGCAAAAACUAUAGAACAGUGCGCGAUGCCAUGGGAAAAGGAUUGAUUGAAUGCCAGACAGAUGAUAUUGCAGCAGCCCUUAAGAGAAGUAAUGGCUCCAAGUCUGAUCAGGUUGUCCAUUUUCUCCUGGCUGUCUUCAGAGAGCUCACAUCUCUAUAUGGAUGCAAGGACUCAAGUCUUCAUCCUAAACAGAAGCAAUGUGAUGUCCUUAAAGAAUUUAUCCAUGCCUCCAAAGUUCUUCCUUCUCCCCAACUGGAGACAUUUGCAGACUCUCUGGUGGAAAACAGUCUUCCAUCACUGACACUGAGCCCCCGGGAUCCAAGUCAGAAGAUGGUGGUGAUUGAAAUGGCGGUGCAUGCUGCAGCUGUUUUGUUGUCUCACCAGAAUCGAAUCCUUGAACCUUUAUGUAAUCUGGCUUUCUUGCCCAAUAACAUGCAGAAUGCUUUCCUGCCCACAAUGCCAGAAGACUUACUGGCUCAGGCUGUAAAAUGGGAGGCUACAGCAGGACUUCACUGGUAUACAUGUCCAAAUGGGCACCCUUGCACUAUUGGAGAGUGCGGUCAGCCCAUGCAACGUGGUCGUUGUGUUGACUGCGGCACUCAGAUAGGAGGUGACAACCACCGGGCACUGCCAGACUUUCAAAGAGCACAGACUAUAGUGGACAGAACACAAACUGGCCAUGUUCUUGGAGAUCCCACAAAGAGAGAGGCUAAAAUAGCAUCUGAGAGACAGAUGCCUCCAGUUGUCUUAAUUCUGAUCCGCCUGCUCACUCACUUGGCACUGCUUUUAGGAGCAACAAAAGAUCCCCAGUCCCUUCUGAACAUCAUAAAGCCACAGGUUAAAGAUCCAGUGAGCUUUCUCCUGCAGCAUAUUCAUAAGGAUUUGGAGCAACUGAUGAACACUCUUGGGAAGAGUGCGGAUGAAACCACUAAUGUCAUCCAUCUUAUUCUGAAUAGCCUUCUCAAGGAGCAUGGAGGCCAGUGGCCAGUGCGCUUUGAUGGUCAACUUUCUACAAAGGAGCAGAGAAACAAUUGGGAAGGAAUUGUUGCACACACCAUUAUUCUUCCUGAACUAAAGCUUUUGGACAAAACCCUUCUGAAAUUGAACCAACAAAUCAGUGAGGAUGAGAGAAUUUCUUCCAACCCUGUAGUGAAAAUUAUCUAUGGGGACCCUGCAGUUUUCCUGUCCAGACUGCCCAAGGACAGCACAGUGCAUUGUUCCAGGAUGUGGAGCUGCAGAAAGAAGAUCUCACUUGAGUACUUGGGGCAUAUUGUUCAGCAAAAAGGCGACAAGGAUGCUGUGCCCAUCUUGUGGAAGUUUCUACAGAAGGAAACUGAACUUAGGUUUGUAAAGUUUUUGCCAGAGAUUCUGACCUUGCAGAAGGACUUGGUGAAGAGGUUCCAAAACAUUUCAGAUGUAGAACACAAGACAAUUGGAGAUUUUCUGGACAGUCUUCUCUCAGGAGGCAUGGAACAUAUUAUGAGAACCAGAGUGAAAACAUUUUUGGAUGUGUGGAAUAAGCUGAGAUCAUCCUUGGAAAACAAUGGUGAAAUUAAACUUCCUAGGAGUUACUGUGAUACUGACCUGACUCUGGAGAAUGAGUUUGAGAUCCUUCUGCCUCGCCGGCGAGGUCUAGGCCUAUGUUCCACAGCCUUGACCAGUUACCUCAUUGCCUUGCACAAUGAGUUUGUCUACACCAUAGAAAAAUAUACAAAGGAUGCCAACAGAUACUCUGUGAGCCCCGUGGAAGUGACAGACCUCCAUGUAAUCACUUAUGAGGUAGAGAGGGACUUGAUCCCAUUGAUUCUGUCAAACUGUCAGUACAGCAUGGAGAAAGGAGGAGAGGCCACCCAGGAAUUUGAUCUGGAAAAGAUCCAGCAGCAGGUCACCAGCCGAUUCCUACAGGGGAAGCCCUUGAUCACAUUGACAGGCAUUCCCACUCUUGUGUAUAGGCAUGACCGAAAUUAUGAGCAUCUCUUCAAAGAUAUCAAGAGCAAGUUGACCCAGAGCUGCCUUCCAAAUUCC